AUGAUGAAACGAUUUUUUUCAUGGUCUCGACGCAAGUCGCAGCCAGCUCCGAUCCACAAUGGUGCCAUAACACCCGAUUCCCAGGAUCCUUUCUUGGGUCCCAGGGGCGGGCAGCGGCUCUCCCCAGAUUCUGAAGGAGAAUUCACUUUGGCCAUCCCGGGCGCAUUUCCAGAAUCACCUCCCUCAUCCCCAGUCCUUUCACCAACACAGCAAUUUGAAGAAUCGCAAACCGAAGCAUACCCCUUCCUCGCAGAACCUGAGCCGAUACACAUCGACCUCCCACUGGCUCCAGAACUCCCGACAGAAUUAGGCUCACAUCUCCAUCCCAGGAGACCAAUAAAGUUCACACCUUCGCCGCAACGAGUCCGGCCUGUUCAAUCUGCACCUCCCAAGCAGACCCGACGACCGUUAUUUCAAGAUGACCUGCAAGUUGAUGAUCCCUGGUGUCGGCAAUCGCAGGCAUUCGAGAAACUUCCCUUUGGACGUCCGGUAUCCGCAGUGCAGCUGUUCUACCCCGAAAAGAAACCUUUGCCAGCCAAUCGUAUCGCGUCUAUAUUUGCGCCGGCAUGGGAGAAGCGCGAGAAGGAAAGACUAGCAUUGGAACGUGAGCAAGGGCGUCCGGCUAGGAUCAUCCCAAAGGGACCCUUCGUUGUGCGGGAGCUUUCAUUCCAAUGGCUGAAUCGCGUAUCGGAAGCUAUGCGUUAUUCCCAAGGCCAUGCUGUUGCCCGAUCCCCUUCCGGAGACGACCUAUUCCAAAAAGAUAUUGCCACCUGCAUUAAGCCUCUAGCGUGGCUGAACGACGAAAUCAUCAAUUCUUACCUUACUGUCAUUGUCCAAUAUCUCCGCCAAUCCACCGAGAAUACUGGUCCAAAUGAACGGCCCCGCUUCCAUGCUUUCAAUACCUUCUUCUACUCCACCCUUCGCGAUAAAGGAUACCAAGGUGUUCGCCGAUGGGCCAAUCGCGCCAAAAUCGGCGGCACAGGUCUCUUGGACGUUGAUACAGUGUUCAUACCGGUACAUCAACAUAGCCACUGGACUCUCAUGGUGGUACGACCCGCCGAGCGGACGAUUGAGUACUUCGACUCUCUAGGCGAUCGGGGUCACUCUCAGGUCAAGACCAUUAAGGGCUGGCUUCGAGGUGAAUUGAGUGAGAAAUUCAUCGAAGACGAGUGGACGUUUUUACCAUCUGUGUCCUCUCACCAGGAUAACGGGAGCGACUGCGGUGUUUUCCUCCUGACAAACGCCAAAGCUGUUGCGCUGGGCAUCGAACCCACUGCCUUUGGUCCCGACCAUACGACGCUUCUGCGCAGGAAGAUCGUCGCCGAGCUCAUGAAUGGCGGCCUACAUGGGGAGUUUAGCCCCAUCGAUGUACAUGGUGAUACGCUCCUUUGA